UAGUAAAAACAAAAACAACUGCAACAACAAAACAAACACACAAACACAAUCAUGUAUUUAUUAUGAGCAUUAACUAACUGACAACAACAACAACACAAAUGUACAAAUCAAAAAUUCUAUUGUAAUGCCAAAUCCAAUCAAAUCAACAACAAAAAACAAAUCCAAUUAGUUCAAUUAAACAAUCAAUGUGACAAAAGCAACAAAUUAAAAACGUGCCAACUACUAUCAACCAAAAAAUAAUUUUAUGUCUACAAAUAUAUGGAGUUAAAUAUUUUAAGAGCAGCUACCGUUAACGUGCUACACCUGCCAAAAUAAAAGAAUUAAAAGAAAAAAAAUUAAAAAAAAAAAAAACAAAAUAUAUUCAACUAAUAAGACAACAUUCACUCAAUGCUGCAAUAUAUUUAUAUUAAGUUAAUAUAGAAUUAACUAAGGCAACUAAUAUACAACAAGAAAGGUUUAUACCAAAUUUAAUAAACAACAACAACAACAAGUACGAGAAAACGGCAACAAAAUGCGCUUCACUUACAAUCAGUAUAAAUAUUACGAGUCCGGCUAUCGUAUUCCAUCCAAAAUGCACAACCUGAGCCAUCAUCAUGGCGGCAAUGGCAAUGGCAGUGCUGGCAAGAUUAACAGCAACAACAGCAGCAACAACAUCAACAACAGCAACAGCCAUCACUACAACCACCAUCACAACAACAACAACAGCAACAACAACAACAAUACAAACACAAAUGCAUAUCAACAUCAUUACAAAACCAAUUUUGGCAUGCGCAUGACCAUGUCCACAAACUCAACGAUGAGUCCGCGGAUACAUCGCAAAGGCUUUCGGAUACCAUCGAAAAGACAGCCUGGCAAGGGACUGCCGGGUAAACUGCAUACCAUAGCCCGGACGGGGCCGGGAAAACUUGUGCCUGGCAAGCGAAUACCACAGCGACCGCAUCCGCCGCCCUGCGACAAUUCGAAUGACAGCGGCCUGGGAUUCGAUCAGCACACGGAGCUGCGCAAUGGUGCGGGUGCUGUUGCUGCUGAUGCCAGGAGCAAUGGGGCCAACAGCGCCAGCAGCAGCAGCAGCAACAGCAGCAACAGUAGCAGCAGCAGCAGCAGCAGUAGCAGCAGCAGCAGCAGCAGUGGCAACAGCAGCGCCUCGGGCAGUGGGCAGCACACAAAUCUGUUGGUGAACAACGCGUUGAACAACAGCGUGGCCGUCACCAACUCGCUGCAACAGCAUCAUCAGCACCAGCAGCAGCAGCAACAGCAGCAACAUCAUCAGCAACCGCAGCAACAUUCACCGCAGCAGCAUUUAAUACGCGCGAUACCCGUUUCAAGAUCGCGCCAUGCCAAGAAAAUGCUCAACUAUCUGGAUGAUAUUGAGCCGGACUCAUCGGCAUCAUUUGUGGAUGAACUGGCCACGCCGCCCAGCAACGAUGAAGACACGGGCUUUGGCACGGACAGCAACCAAGCAACUGCCUCGGCAACAGCAACAACAACGUCAACGGCAACAGGAACACAAACGACAACGCUUAGCUCCGAGCUUUUUGGCGGCUUCUUCAAUACAACGAUCAGCCACAAGGCCGCCGAUGUGGUACUUUCUGUGCAACACCAGCUGCAUGAACAGCAGCAGCAACAUUUCCAGCAACAACAGUCGCAGCCGCAGCAGCAACAGCAGCAGCAGCAGCAUCAGCAGCAGCAACAGCAGCAGCAGCAACAACAUCAAUUUCACUAUCCUGGAUUACAUUUGCAGCUCCAGCAGCAGGAGAGCAGCAGUGGGGGGGCGGAAAGCGGCGGAGGAGGACGCGGUGGCAAGCAUCUGAAACGUCGGAAGCUCGAAUGCAAUCAAGUGGAGCUCGACAACGAUGAUGCCUGCAGCGAGGAUGAGUUUAUACGCAAAAUUGCCACCGUUGUGGCCGACAGCGCAGCCAGCAGCGAGCCAGGCAACAUCGGAUCCAACAUCGGCAUUGCCAGCAUUGGUGGCGCCACAGCACGUUGCAUGUCCGCAGAAACUAUGAGCCACAGCAGCAGCAGCAAGACCCACGGCAGGAAUAGCACCAGCAGCAGCGAGCCAAAAUUCAUUGGAACGCGCGCCGUAACCCGCGUGGCCAACAAAAGGCAACCAACGACACCAUUGAACAGCAUCGCCAGCUCCAAUGAUGGCCAUGUCCAGCUGGAGAUUGUCUCCCAGCCGGAGCAACAGCAUCGCGCCCGUUACCAGACCGAAGGUAGCCGCGGCGCAGUCAAGGAUCGUAGCGGCAACGGUUUCCCCAUUGUCCGGUUAACCGGCUAUGAAAAGUCAGCCGUACUCCAGGUGUUCAUUGGCACGGACAUUGGACGCGUUGCACCGCAUAUGUUCUAUCAGGCGUGCAAGGUGGCUGGCAAGAAUUCGACGCAGUGCAACGAGAAGAAGGUCGACGGCACCAUGGUCAUUGAGAUUGAUUUCAAACCCGAAACGGACAUGACCAUCACCUGCGAUUGCGUUGGCAUCCUUAAGGAACGCAAUGUCGAUGUGGAACACCGUUUCCCGGAGCACCUAGCACAGAAGAAUAAGAAGAAGUCAACACGUUGUCGCAUGGUCUUUCGCACGCAGCUAACACGCGACGAUGGCAGCACUGAGACGCUGCAGGUCUGCUCCAAUCCCAUCAUAUGCACUCAGCCACCAGGCGUACCAGAGAUCUGUAAAAAAUCACUUAACUCUUGCCCCGUCGAUGGCGGUCUGGAGCUGUUCAUCAUUGGAAAGAACUUUUUGAAGGACACGCACGUUGUGUUCCAGGAGACCUACGACAGUGUCAAUGCCGAUGAUCCGGCUGCCGAGAUAGUAGGCCGUCAGCAGCUGAUCGGUGGAACGGCAGCGCUUUGGGAACAGAGCGUGCAGCCCGACAAGGAGUAUUUGCAUCAGACACAUUUGAUCUGCACAGUGCCGCCAUAUCCGCAUCAGAAUCUGGUAAAGCCGGUCAGCGUUCAGGUGUCAAUCAUCUCGAGCGGCAAGAAGAGCGAGCCGCACACCUUCACCUACACCCCCAAGGGCAGCUAUACGACUCUAGCGGCGGCCAGCACGUUAAGUAGCACAAUGCAUAGCCAAGAUGUGGCGAACUUCAUGGACACGAGCAACGCGCCCGCCAACAACUCCGCCUGGGUGGGCAACAAUGGCAGCAGCAAUGCCGCCGCCGUUGUCGCUGCGGGCGGGAACGUUGUGGAAACGAAACAUGAACUGGAUUUGGGCAUGAUGCCGCCACCGAUCACAACACAGAUACCGAUGGGACUGCGCCGCUCAUCGCUGUCCGGGUCGACGCCCAUGAUAACGGAUCAGCAGCUGGUGCAUCUGAGCAGCGCGGAUGCGGCACUGAAGAGCGAGCUGCUGGACGAGAACAGCUCGCUCAGCCCACAUACGGCCGAAGCGCUCCACUCGCCGGAGGCACUCAAUCCGUGCAGCCCCAAUGCGCUGCAGUAUCAUGCACAUUAUGCGCGCAAGGCCAGCCUGGACACGAUCAUGUACGAUCAGUCGAAUAGUAUGCCCGGCUUUCCAGUGCCCGCUGCGUCAACUGUGGAACUGGAUCCCGCUUCCGCGGUCGCUGUGGCCGUUGGCCUGGCCGUCAAGCACGAAAUUGUCCAACAUGUGGUGCAGCAGCAGCAGCAGCAGCAACAACAGCAGCAGCAGCAGCAACAACAGCAACAGCAGUCGGCGGCAAAUGUGCACAAGUUCAUUGAUGAUCUGACCAAGUCCACGUCUGUGGUCAACAGCAAUGGCACCAGUGAGCCGGCGCUGUUCACGGGCUCGUCGGUCAUUGACCACGCCCUCACGGACAUACUGCAACAGAAGGUGGGCGUACUGGCACACACACACCCGCACACGCACACGCAUACGCACGGACACGGACACGGACACACAACGGCAACAGCUGCGCCCAGCGUACUGAAGCGAAGCCUCUCGAUCAGCAGCAACAACUCCAACUCGAGCUCGCUGUCGGGCAGCGAAACAUCACCAAAUAGCUCGCCGUUAACGCAGGAUAUAAUCCUCAAUUCGGAGCCGGCGGCCGCGUUGGGCGCCGGUUUGCCAUUGCAGCAGUUGGCAGCGGUCCCAGCUGCAGCUGCGGCUGCUGCUGCUGUGGCCAAUGCUGGCGGCGCUUUGUCCACGGACAUCAUCAUGAAUCCGGCUGUGUCGCCGUCAACCAUACUCUGUUCGGCAAAUGGCGCCGCCACCGCCAUGGUGGCCAACAUAUUGGCGCCACAUCAGGUGACCAUGGCCAAUUCGAUACUGAACGACAUUGCCAUGCAGGCGGAGCCGACGCGCCAAGAUGCAGCUGUUGCUGCCUUGGCGCUGAGCAACAUUAUGAUGAGUCCGCCGAAUGCCGCCGCGGGCGUCGAUGUCGGUGACACACUGCCGCCGACACCCGCUGUCAUGCAGCCAGAGGUGGCUGCCACAGCCACCUCGACGGCCGUUAGCAACAUGAUAAUAAAGGCUGCUGCUGAUUUUAUAACUACACAAGAGCAGGAACAGCAUCAUUAUCACCAGCAGCAGCAGCAGCAACAACAGCAACAACAACAACAGCAACAGCAACAACAGCAGCAUGCGCAUGCCCAUUCGCACUCACAUCCGCAUCCGCAUCCACACUCACAUCCACUUCCGCAUCCUCACCCACAUCCACAACAGCAGCAGCAGCAGCAGGCAGCAAAUGCGGCCGCCACUGGCGGAGAUCCGCUGGUCAAUCUGCUGUUGAACCACACCACAUCGGAAACAGUUGCCGUGGAGGCAGCCACCGCUGCCGCCGUUGCCGCCGGCUUCCCAGCACUGUCAGCUGUCCACCUGCCCGUUGUGCCGCCCACACCACAAGAAUCUCUCAUUGUUGCGCUGGCCACUGAGAACGCAUUGCAAAAGUCUGUGGCCACUGCGGCCGUAACAACCAAUGGAGCUGUGAUGACACAGCAGGCAUCGGCGCCCAGCAGCGCCGGCAGCAUUCUGCCAGCCGCCGUUGGCGCCGUCGCUGCGGCCGCUGCAGUCGCUGUGCAGCCGCCCAUACCCCAGGAGCUGACCACAAUGUCCGACCAAGAUCUAAUCAGUUACAUCAAUCCGAGCACCUUCGAUCAGCUUUAAACGGCGACAGAUCAACAAAUUAAACUAUUGGGUUAUUUUAAUCAACUAAGGGGAAACCACACAGGCCUAAUCCUAAGCGUUAACAUAUAAAAACACACCCACACACACACACACGCACACAGCUUAAUGUGGACCAAAUUGUUUGUUUCAUUCGGUUAGCAGAACUAAUUUUACCACCAAUGAGAAAAGUGCAAUGAAAAUCACCUCUCUCUUUCACACCCACACACAACACACAGACAGACACACACACACACACACAUUUGUAUCGUUUUAAGCACACUUGUUAAGCUGUAGACCCUAUAGAUAUACCUUUUUUUUUUGUUUUUGUUAAAUUUAAAUUGAUUUUUUGUCAACAAAAGUCAAAUUAUCUCAAAAAUGAUAACGACUGCCAUAUAAAUACAUGAAUAAAACAGAAGCAAUCGCCCCAACUAAAUAAUAAUACAUGAAAACAAA